GCCCGCAGCCGCCGGAGCCGCCGGAGCCGCGCUCCCCGCAGCCCGCCGAGCCCGCCCGGCGGGGAGCGCCUCCCGCCCGGCCAUGGAGCGCUGCUGAGCGGCCCCCGGGGCCAGCGGAGCGGAUCAUGAACCUGGUGGGGGGCUACCAGCAUCACCACCACCACCACCAUCACCACCACAUGCUGCACGACCCUUUCCUCUUCGGGCCGGCGGCGCGGUGCCACCAGGAGCGCUCCUACUUUCCCGGCUGGGUGCUCAACCCGGCCGAGGCGACCCCCGAGCUCGCCGGGCAGAGCCCUAACUACGGCCCCGCCGAGUACGGCCCGGCCGGCCCGGGGCGGCUGGAGGCUCUCAGCGGCCGCCUGGGACGGAGAAAAGGUGUCGGGGGUCCCAAGAAAGAGCGGCGGAGGACGGAGAGCAUCAACAGCGCCUUCGCCGAGCUCCGCGAGUGCAUCCCCAACGUGCCCGCCGACACCAAGCUCUCCAAGAUCAAGACCCUGCGCCUGGCCACCAGCUACAUCGCCUACCUGAUGGAGGUGCUGGCCAAGGACAGCCAGCCCGGGGACACCGAGGGCUUCAAAGCCGAACUCAAGAAGGCGGACGGAAGGGAGAACAAGAGGAAAAGGGAGACGCAGCCCGAGGUCUAUUCGCAGCCUCUGGGUCACGGCGAGAAGAAGCUGAAGGGCCGGACGGGUUGGCCCCAGCAGGUCUGGGCUCUGGAACUGAACCCCUGAGAGCCGCCCCGCCGCCCCGACGGCGCUCCCCGCCCGCCCCUCCAUGUGCAAUGUCGGAGAGAGCCCAGCCCGGCCCCGGAGCCCAUCCAGGCGCAGGAUACGGGGAGCCG